UGUUCCAAAAUAUAUUUUUAUGUUAAUUGUUAUUGUUUUGUUUUGUACUAAAAAUCUUAUAAAAUUUUGUAAUUCUACAUAAGUUUCAGAUAAGCAAAUAAGCUAUGGCAUCUAGAUUUAGUGGUGCUCUUCAGCUUACAGAUCUUGACGACUUUAUUACACCAUCACAAGAGUGCAUAAAACCAGUGACCAUAGAGAAAAAGAAAACAAAAACUGGUGCUAAAAUAAAAAUUGGGGAGGAUGGAUAUUUUGAUGUGUCUAGUGGCCAGGAACAGAAGCUUCAAAAAGUGGAGAUAACACUGGCCGAUUGCCUUGCUUGCAGUGGCUGCAUCACAUCGGCAGAGAGUGUACUAGUUACUAGGCAGAGUCAAGAGCAGUUACUCAAAGUACUCUCAGAAAGACAGUAUACAGACAACAAGGGUUUGAUACGGAGUGUGAGUUUAGUUGUGAUAUCUCUGUCACCACAGCCCACUCUAUCUCUUGCAGCACGUUAUAAACUUACUCCUGAGGAUGCUACUAAGAAAUUAGCUGGUUACUUUAAAAGUUUAGGGGCUGAUUUAGUACUGGAUAUGACAGUAGCAGAAGACCUCUCACUUCUUGAAGCCCAGCAGGAGUUUUUACAGCGCUAUCAAAACCAGCAGAAUGAACCAACUGCUAAAAACCUUCCAAUGCUCGCUAGUUCUUGUCCAGGUUGGGUAUGCUACGCAGAGAAGACCCACGGAAAUUUCAUUCUACCGUACAUAUCCAGUACAAAAUCACCCCAGCAAAUCAUGGGUUCUUUAGUGAAACAGUAUCUAUCCAAGUUGAAAGAGGUUGGCCCCGGGGAGAUAUACCAUGUGACAUUCAUGCCAUGCUAUGACAAGAAGUUAGAAGCGUCCAGGGAGGACUUUUACAGUGACAUGUUGAGUUGUCACGAUGUGGACUGCGUUAUUACUGCAAUUGAGUUGGAACAAAUGUUGGACAACACUGGCAAAUCACUUAAUGCAUUGGAGAGUUCAGAGUUGGACUGGCCGUGGUCAGAGUGCGAUGGCAAGCCUGCACUUAAUAAGCACAUCGGAUCAGGGUCGGGCGGUUAUGCGGACCACGUGUUCCUUCACGCAGCGGAACAGCUAUUUGGAGAGAAUAAUGCAACACUCGUAUACAAGAAUCUAAGGAACCCAGAUUUCCGGGAGGUGACAUUAGAAAAAGACGGCAAAGAAGUAUUGAAAUUUGCAAUAGCAAAUGGAUUCAGAAAUAUCCAGAACUUGGUUCAGAAGCUCAAGAGAGGAAAAUCUCCGUACCAUUACGUAGAAGUCAUGGCCUGUCCUUCAGGCUGCCUAAACGGCGGGGCACAAGUCAGGCCUAUGGUGGGCGAAAGCGGACGCGAUCUCGUGCUGCAACUCGAAGGUCUGUACUCGCAGCUGCCACUAGCGGUACCCAGCACCAACAAACUCAUAAGGAAACUGUACACCGAAUGGCUUGACGGUAGAGAUUCAGACAAAGGCAGGGCGAUGCUGCACACGGAGUACCACGCCCUCGAGAAAUCUGAUUUAAUAGCACUUAAUAUUAAGUGGUGAAAUAAAUAACAUCAUCAAGAAGCAGAUGAUGAUAUUUAUUUCACUUUAUCUCAUUUAUUUGGGGUCGGCGUAAUGUUAUUCUCUUCCAUUCAUCUCUGUUCGCAGACAUUUCGUUAUUUACUCCCUUUUUUACCAUAGCAUCUUUCACACAUCCAUCUAUCUCUAUUUCGGACUUCCUCUGCUCUGGUUAAAUAAAUAUAUAUACCUUUGUAUCUCCUAGAAGCCUCUAGAAAAAAGCGAUGCUGAUUUUUUUAUAUACAUUAAUAUGAUAUAAUGCCGGCGCUGACACUAUUAGCUAGCUGACUGCUAGGAAGAUAUUAGUGUGAGCAUAAAAUCAGGACAGUUAGUCCAUCAGAAAUUAAACACUAUGGUUUCUAGUGAAGAUCAUGUGGAAGCAAUUAUUUCUUACUGAUAAUCGCUUUCUUCAUUAUUGUUUUGAUUCUAUUUUGAGAUCUUUUUCACUGGUGUUUCGUUACUUUAAUUCUUAAGAUAUAUUGAAGGAAUCGCGCCUGUUUUUCUAUUAAGAAAUGAUAUUAAUGAUUUUCUAUCAAAUGAAGAUCUUAUAUGUUUACUUGUAUAUGAUCGUCAUAAUUUAACGUCGCGGAAAAACUCAAAGGUAAACUUGUUUUAUGCACAUUGUUUAUAUAUUUAGUAGACAUUUUGAAGACUCUUGUGAUAAUACUAUAAUAGAUAAGACUACUUACUUGAGAAAAAUAAUGCAAUAUUAUGAACAUCUUUCAAUAAUUUCACAAUGCGACCAGAAAAACAGAAAACAGUCACAUUUUUAAGGAUUCUAUUUUUGCCCACAGAUCUUGAAUAAAAUUGAACAUUAUAAAUUGGUUCCCAGCUAUGAUUUUCCAUUAUUUUGCCGGCAGUGAAUGUGUUAAAGCCCAGUUUGUAUAUACAAGUUAAUUAUUAUUUUGUAAUUAUGUUAGUGUUGACGUAGAAAAAUAUAAGUUAAUGAUAGUUGUAAGUUUUUCGGGGUCCUAGACAUGUUAAUAUAUUGUACAUAGUAAUUAUAAGAAUAGUUAUGUAAAUAAA